UACAUUAUAAUAUAACUUCCACGCCGAUAGGGAGAGAGGUGAGAGUCAUAGAGAGACCCUGGAGCGUGCAAAACGGGAUCGAAAUCCAAAAUCCAGUUGAGUUCGAAUCAGGUUUGAAUUCGAAGCACAUUGUUUGAUGCCAAAACAACUGUUGUCUGGUUUUGUUUCUGAGAUUGAUCGUUUUCGCUCUGCGUCUGUUGGAUUUUUUUUUUUUUUUUGGGUAUGAAGAUUGAAGUAGAAUCGAUUUCUGUCAUGUAAUUCGAUCUAUUUUUGGUGGGUACUGAAUUUCUGAUGAGAGACAGAAUUUCUGUGUAGCAGCAGAUAGUGCUUACGUUUUUUGAUUGGGAACUAACAGAGAAAUUGUAGGCCUAUAAUGCAAUGAGAAUUGAAGUGCUAGGCUUAGAGAUACAAUGAAUGGAGGGUCAUUCGGUUCACGCACAGGAAGCUAUGGAUCACUGUCACAGUUUAAAAAAUCCGCCAGUCUUGUGCGAAAGUCUUAUUCCAAGACAUCUCUUUCGGGUACUAGAGAGAAGGAACGAUCUCUUCCUCGUAUGUUUCGGUAUUUAUGCCAUAAGAGGGUUGCAAUGCUGCUUUUGGUUUCCCUUGCUCUCUUGUUAUUCGUUUUUGGUUCCUAUACAGUCAGUAAAGAAAGCAGCCAGAGUAUUGGAGGUUUAACUUUUGGUGACAAGGUACCAUUGAGUAACCCUUCAUCUUUAAUAAGCCACGGCGCGGAGAUAAAGCCUUCCAUACAGCGGCACAAGCGCGUUGAAAACAGUUUCCAUGCUACUCCUAGUACUGCAAUUGUUGCUCCUUCCUUGAGUCAUUACUGUGAUAAUUUUGCAAAGCCUCCACCCCCUCCAAAUGGUGCAAGACGGCCUGGUCCACGCCCAUGUGAGGUUUGUUACCUCCCUGUGGAGCAGGCCAUAGCUAGUAAGCCAAGCUCUCCAUCUGUGUCUCCAGUGCUUCGCAAUUUGACUUAUAUUGUUGAUGAGAAGCCACUCAAACCUGAAUCACAUGGAGGCUCUAAUUUCGGUGGAUAUCCUUCCUUAAAGCAGAGGAAUGAUUCUUUUGAUAUAAAAGAGUCUAUGACCUUGCACUGUGGAUUUGUCAAAGGAAGCAAACCUGGUCAUAAAACUGGAUUUGAUAUUGAUGAAGCUAAACUUGUAGAGCUGGAACAGUUUCAUGAGGUCAUUGUUGCAUCAGCCAUAUUUGGUAAUUAUGACAUAAUCCAACAACCCAAGAACAUUAGCAAGGCAGUAAGGAAAAAUAUUCCUUUUUAUAUGUUUAUUGACGAAGAGACAGAAGCAGAUAUGAAGAAUUCUAGUGCCCUGGAUAACAGUAUGAGGGUUGGGUUAUGGAGAAUCAUUGUUGUUCGUAACCUUCCUUACGCGGAUGCAAGACGCAAUGGAAAGGUCCCAAAACUUCUACUGCACAGGAUCUUCCCUAAUGUUCGGUUUUCUAUAUGGAUUGAUGGAAAGCUGCAGCUUGCUGUUGAUCCAUAUCAAGUUCUUGAGAGGUUCUUAUGGCGCCAACAUGCUACCUUUGCCAUAUCUAAUCACUAUAUACGCCAUGAUGUGUUUGAAGAGGCUGAGGCUAAUAAAGCUGCAGGAAAAUAUGAGAAUUCCUCCAUUGAUUACCAGAUUGAUUUCUAUAAGAAGGAGGGUUUGACACCAUAUUCUGAAGCAAAGCGUCCCAUACUUAGUGAUGUUCCCGAAGGUUGCACUCUCAUUAGGGAACACACCCCAAUUACAAACUUGUUUAGCUGCCAAUGGUUUAAUGAAGUUGAUCGCUUCACUUCGAGGGAUCAGUUAAGCUUUUCCACAGUGAGGGACAAAAUAAUGGCAAAGACUAAUUGGAGCGUCUAUAUGUUUGCGGACUGUGAAAGACGGAAUUUUGUGAUACAGACAUACCAUAGAGAUUUAUUGGAGCAAAUGUCACCACCACCACCACCAAAGGUUCACAGUCUACGCAAUACCCCUCCGCUUGCUAGUAGUUCAGCUGGAAGGAGUUCCGGGAAGAAUCCUGCUAGACGUACAAAAGUUAAGAGAUCUGGUUCUAGACGUCACCGUAAGGCUUCUGCUGGUAAUAGAGACAGUAGUUCAUUCUAAAUCUUCCUGGAAGGAAGAAACUGGAACUCCUGUUCUUCUUCUUCUUCUUCUUCUUCUUGUUUUCCUUUUCUUUUCUUUUUUCUUUUACAUAUCACAGGGUAGGACAAUUGUUAGAAGCAUUAAAAGGAUGAAUGCGAGAGAAAUCUGGCUCAAAAUUUUGUUUGGGAAUUGUUAAUGUAUAUUCAUUGAUUCUUGUAAAUACCUUUUGCAUCAAAAUAAGUUUCUUAUAUUUUCAA